UUGUAAAACAGAGACGUUGUGGUGUUACAGAAAUGAGUCUUCAGGUUUGUCACUGCUGUGGCUGGUCCAAAGUGACGACCUAUCAGGGCCUGCGGGUCCACCAGGGCAGAAACGGAUGCACGCCGAAGGGUAUGAGGAUGGCAGAGCCCCAACAGCAGGACAUGUGGGGCUUUGCAGGACAGAAAACCGCUCACAUGAGCUACAAGCUGGACGUCCCGACUAUUAAAUCUGACGUGAGCCUACAGAUAUGCCACUGUGGCUGGACCCAAGUGACGAGCUAUCAUGGGCUGAGAGUCCACCAGGGGAUGAAGGGCUGCACACCAAAGGGAGCAAGGAUUCCAAAGGAAGAGCAGAAGGCCUGGGGGAAUUACUGGAAACCACAAGUGGAUGAGAAAAAACCUCCUGAAUUGAAGAAGCUGAAUAAAAAGCAUGAGUAUUUCCCAGAAAAACCAAGGAUGAGAAAGCUCAGCAACCGUGCAGCGGCAGCCACAGUCAAAACGGAGAACAACUGGAGGACGUGUCAUGAAACAAGGUCAAAGCCGUGGCAUCAGUCGGAGGAGUGCUCCACCCCUUUAAAGAGUUCUGAGGACUACUGGAACACUGGCAGCUGUUAUAACUAUGCAACAGCAGCCCCUGCAGUCAAGGAAGAGCCCAAAUCACCUCCAGCGGUGUCUCUUCGAAGAUACCCAGAUGACUACAAUGGAAGAUCCGUCCACGAGUUUGAGGAUUCCUCGCCUUAUUUGCAGAUAAAUCGUCGGCUCAAAGAGAAUCCAGCUAUGGUAUUUGACAAACCAGUCGUCCCACCGAAGCAGCAAUGUAGAUCUGUCACCGACCCUCCAGCAACUCCCCCUGUUGACCCACACGAGGAGAAGGAGUCACUGUUGUCAACAUCAGAGCAGGAAACGCCAAAGUCUCAGCUGCUGAAAGAAAUUCAGACAUGUUUAGAAAAAUUUAUAAUAAAGAGAGAGGGAAAGUUGAGAAACAUCAGUCCAUCAGAUUCUGCUUGUGAGGUAAAAAAAACAUGUCGCUAUUUUUGCGUUUGGUCUUUGUCACAGUGA